AUGGAUAUACUCGACGUGUUUUCGCGAGAUCUCGACUGGGGCGACUACAACGCUUUGAGGCUCAGCCUUACCGUUGGUGAACUUUGCGGUGCUUCAGUGAUCGCCGAGACGUUGGCUUCCGUUCUGUUUUGGUGUCUCCUCAUCUGGAAACGAAAUCUAAACUCGCCGUUAUGGAUUUUUGCCGUAUAUAUGGCCGCGUUGCUCAGCAUCAACACGCUACUGCGCGGUAUCGACACACUGCUGAGCGUCGUCAUCCGCGAAUAUAUUGGUGCUUUCUACGCCACAAGUUUGGUGCUGUCGCUUCUCUGCUCAAUCGGGGCCGUCUCUACGAUUUCUGAACAACAAGAUGGCGAGCCACCGAAGCUGCUCAUCUCGCUGAUGUUUAUCUUGGCUCAUCUGGUCUCGCUCGGCUCUUCGAUUGGCAUAAUGUUGCUUGUGGCUUUGGGCGCAACUUUUCUCUGGCUCCACCGCCGAAAGCCGCGCCACUUCCAUGGGUUUCUCUGGGCCAGCUACUCGGCAUGCAUCACCAACCUCGUCUGGGUGUACAGCAGAGUCGGCUGCUUCGGAAGGUUGGCCGAGCACUUCCAGCACGAGACUGUCUACUAUUCAUAUGCGAGAAUGGGCUUCUUCUUCGAUCCGUCCGAGCCGACGAUUGAGCCAUCUUUGGUGGCGAAAGAAGCGCGGGCCAAGGGGCGAACUAUCCUCCUCUUCCAUCAGCUGUUCCCGAUCAUUUUCUUUGUCGCUGUAGCCGUUGCCAUCUUCCAAAAUAAGCGCCGCUGCGACGGCGAUCGAGAGGGAUCCAGCAUCAGCUCCCAGGAAGAGCUGCUCGUCGAUUCGGCCAGGAACUCGGCAAGCAGCGUCUCCUACACGGUUCAGGAUGAUUGCCUGUUCCCA